AUGGCAGACAAGAAGAAGAAAACAAAAAUCGACAAAGUUGUGGUUGCAGAAUUCAAAGUUUCUAUGCAUUGUAAUGCAUGUGAAAGAAGUGUUGCCAAAGCCAUUUCAAGAAUCAAAGGAGUGGAGAAGUUUGUGACUGACAUGAGAAAUCACAAAGUAGCAGUGACAGGGAAGAUCAAUCCACUGAAAGUAGCGAAGAAAGUGAAGAAGAAGACUGGAAAAAAAGUGGAAAUUGUUGAUAUUGACAAAGAAGAUGGGAAGAAAGAAGAAGGGAAUUUAGCACUUGAACAAAAUGAAAAACAAAUUGCAUAUUCUUUGAUUUUCGAUCACUAUUGUGAGGAUAGUGAACUUCAUAUGAUGUUUAGUGAUGAGAAUGCAAAUGCAUGUUCUAUAAUGUAA